CUAAGCCGACUGCAAAAAAAGAACAGGAAACAAACUGAAAGACAAAGGACAGUUAAUGCAUAGGAUAUACUAGAACAGAACACAGAGAACAUAUACUUAUAUAUUGUGUGUUAUUAUAACACAAUGGCAUCAGUCCUAAAAAAGGCAAGAAAAAAUGAAGCUUUUACUGUUCUCAUUCGAAUGUGUGACUCUUUUGUUAGAACUCCAGAAAAUAUUAUCUGCCCUUUAAUGAAAGCUAAGGAAUCUCUGCGUAUUUUGUACAAACUUCAGGAACACUUGUUAAGAAAUAUUGUUAGUGAAUCAGGAGACAAAUUUGGACUGUUAUUAUCCAGCAUUAAUUGGAUUCCCCUCAGUGACAAGAAAACAGAUACAGAAGGCAACAUUUUCAUACGUUAUACAUCCUCAAAGCCUUUGGAAGAGAACCAGUUCAGAUGUUACAGGGAGCAAGUGAAAUUAAGAUUACAACAACUGGGUAUACAACAUAUCUUAAUCCAUCAACUGGAAAAUCAGUUAACAGUUUCACAGCCACUAAUUUCAGAAAUUGACUUCAAGAUCCACAAGCUGAACUUACUGUAUAAAAUUCUUCAGGAAAAAGCAGAAUCAUUUCCCAUUGAACUGCAGAGCAUAGGAACACAACUAUCUGAGUUACAGGAAAGCAGAAUUAGGAUUGCCAUUUUAUCACACAACGGUACAGGAAAAAGUUACGUUCUUAAUCUACUGUUCCUACUGACUGCAGAAACAUUGGAAGAAUACCAGAAAAACAAAGCAAGAGCUCUUCCAAAGGACAUUGCAGGAAAUCCAACAGUCAGAAUAGUCAAAGAGGAACAUUUUGCAAACCUGCCAGAGGUGAUUAAAGACUUCAUUACAGAGAUUAAUGAUGAUGAGCAAGACUUCAAGAAUUUAAUGCAACCUUUGUGCAGUGAGUUAAACUUUACCAGCCAAGAGGAGCUGAGAAAAACUCAAGAUUCUUUUGACACACUUGAUGGCUAUUUUACUGAAGACGAACAAAUCAGUAUUGAACCUUAUUUGCUCCCACAAAAAGAUAUUACUGGUGCCUAUUUAUCCACAACAAAAUGUGUAAUCCAUUUGAGGUAUGGCGCUUCUUUUCAGAUGAGAGUGGAUUAUUUUAAUGAGAGAGAACUGCAAACACAACUUUUUGAGCUGGUAUCCUUAAACACGGUAUAGUAUAACAUUGUCAUUUUAAUAUAAAAUAUUGAUAAAUAUAAUAAAAUUGUCUCUUCUCAAAAUUACACACAACUUCACUCCAAAAACAGGG